AUGGUGAGGUGGUUGGGGGGGGGUUGGGGAGGGGGGUUUUGGGAAGGGGGGCCUCCGUCUAAACAGGGCCUUGAACCCGGUCUGUCCCCGGUCUUUGCAGAGUUCCUGUCUCACUCGUUCUCGGUGCCGGAGCUGAGGUUUCUCUUCCUAAACGUUCUUCCAGACCUGACGGAUCGAGUCCUGGUCGACGUUGGAUCCAGACUGGGAGCAGUUCUGUUCGGGGGACACGUGUUCAGCUCAGCAUCAGGUCUCGUUGGAGUCGAACUAAACCAGGACUUUGUGACGGUCCAGAACCAAGUGAUUCAGAAGUAUGGCUUUGAAGACCGCGUUCAGGUCGUGCACUCAGACAUUUGUUCUCAGGAUUCUUUGGUACAAAACGCAGAUGUUCUGGUCAUGAAUAACGUCUUUGAGUUUUUCCUGGAGCCUCCGGAGCAGAUCAGAUGUUGGAGGUUCCUUGUGCAGAAUUUCCGUAGAAAAGGUUCUCUGUUGGUGACGGUCCCAGGUUUAGAUGAGAGCUUCAGGCAGAUCCAGGAGGCGCUGCCUUCUGAUUGGCUGGAGGAGCUUCCUGUGAACUAUGACCUUUAUCUGACCAGCGACAGCGACCAGAACGACUGCUUCAGACAGAUUCACCUGUACCGAGUCAUGUGA